CUGAUCACUGGUCCAUCUACCAGAGCGAUCUCGGGUCCUCAGAGCAGGAACAUGAGCACCUCUGUGACUCUCUCAACAGGGCAGAAGAUGCCUAUGGUCGGACUUGGCACAUGGAAGAGUGCCCCAGGACAGGUGAAACAGGCUGUGCUGGCAGCUUUAGAUUGCGGGUACAGGCACAUCGACUGCGCUGCUGCUUACAGCAACGAACAGGAGGUCGGAGAGGCUCUGGCUCUGAGGGUCGGUCUUGGGAAGGCUCUGCAGCGUGAGGAGGUGUUUGUGACUUCCAAACUGUGGAACACCAAGCACGACCCAGAGGAUGUUGAAGAAGCAUGCAGGACCAGUCUUGCCCACCUGGGUCUCUCCUACCUUGACCUUUACCUUAUGCACUGGCCCAUGGCGUUUCAGCGGGGGAAGGAGCUCAUGCCUCGACGGGAAGAUGGAAGUAUCUGUUACUCUGACACACACUAUAGACGCACUUGGACAGCCAUGGAGAAGCUAGUGGACAAAGGUUUGGUCAAGGCUAUAGGACUGUCCAACUUCAACGCCAGGCAGAUGGACGACAUCAUCAGCAUGGCCAGACACAAACCUGUGAUGAACCAGGUGGAAUGUCAUCCUUAUUUGUCUCAAGCAAAUCUCCUGUCACACUGUCGGUCAGUGGCUGUCUGUGUGACAGCCUACAGUCCUCUGGGCAGCGGAGACAGACCCUGGGCCUCUCCCGAUGAACCAAGUCUGCUGGAAGAUCCUCGACUGGGAGCUAUCGCCCAGAAAUACCAGAAAACACCUGCACAGCUCAUUCUCAGAUGGCACGUUCAGAGGGGUGUCGUGUGUAUCCCUAAAAGUGUGACGCCCUCCAGGAUCCAGCAGAACUUGCAGGUGUUUGAUUUUUCCCUGUCAGAAGACGACAUGGAGCUGAUUGAGUCCUUCAACCGCAACCAACGUUUCAUCGUCCCAUCAGUUGAGCGGGACGGUAAGAGAGUGUGGAGAGAUGCAGAACAUCCUCAUUUCCCCUUCCAUGAUCCUUACUGAGUCCACCUCCACAGGAUGCAGUAGUUUACUUUUAAUGAUUGUUGUCACAUGAACUGAUGAAACCAAAUUUUUGAAUUAAGAUUCAAAUUUGAUAAAAAAUAAAAUUUUUCUUUCUUUCUGGGAUGAAUAAUAAUAUUUAAGUGACCACGUUUGUCAAAAACACUGCUUUUAAGAUAUUUUCAAGUUACUUCUUAACUGAAAAAAUAAAGUUUUUUUUUUUCCAGAGAGACACUGUGUGGUCAGUAACAGAACAGCUUCUUUUGUUUGUUUGUUUCAAAAAGAUAAGACUGUUUCAUGGGUUAAUAGUUACUGAAUCACUGCUGUAGCACUGCUAUAAAUGCACCUGAUCAAUGAUGAAUUGUAUUUUAAAAACACCUUUUCAGAAUCAGGUAAAAAUGAAAAAAAAUGAAAACAACAUGGGCUGUCCCCGUGGUCCAGUCAUACCAUAUAAUUACAACGUCCUGGUGACCAAAUAAAAAGCCAAGAAAUGUACAUCAACUCUGUAUCAAUAAA